GAGCAGCAAAACCUUCUGUCAAACUCCCCUUUCUCUGCUAUGCUGCAACUACUCCCCAGCUAAGGGUGCGCUGGUGCACAGCAGCACUUGCAGCCCUGGCUGCACAUACCUGUGUGCAGUGACCCAGGUGAGAGCCUUCCCCUCACCAGGAAGAGAGUGCCACGUCCUCGUCCUGCUCAGCCACCCCUCCCCACGGGUGUGACACUGCAUGGCGUGGCCAGUGGCUGGGGGCUGGGGGCAGGGACAUGGACAUCAGCCCGGGCACCUGGAAUUCAUCCUUUGGGGGUGCAGGCAGCGGCGGUGGGUCCCUGUCUGGCCCCUGGUACAGCACGCACAAGACUCAACUCUUGGGAGCUUUACUUGCUGCUGCUUCAAAUUUUCUCAUCAGUGUCUCUUUGAAUAUACAGAAAUGUGCUCAUCUCCGACUGGUUUGCCGAGCAGAGCAGAAGCCCUACUACAGGAGCAAGCUGUGGUGGUGUGGGAUUACCCUCCUGGGGCUGGGAGAGCUGGGCAAUUUCACAGCCUAUGGAUUCGCCCCCAUUACUCUUGUGGCUCCACUGGGAUGUGUUUCUGUUACAGGUAGUGCAUUUAUUUCUGUCUUUUUCCUAAAGAGGACCAUGAGGACUGCUGAUAUAUUGGGAGGAACACUGACGAUAACAGGGAUAUACCUGUUGGUGACAUUCACUCCAAAUGUACCUCAAGAGCUCACAGCAAGACAAGUGCAGAAUUACUUAGUGAGCUGGCCUUUUUUGGUAUAUUCUAUUGUAGAAAUUAUAAUAUUCUGCAUUCUCCUCUAUUUUUACAAAAGAAAGGCUGUGAAACACAUCAUGGUUUUGUUAAUGAUGGUAGCUCUACUGGCAUCACUGACUGUCAUUGCUGUUAAGGCUGUGUCCAGCAUGAUAGCACUUUCUGUGAAUGGGAAAAUGCAGCUAACUCACUCCAUUUUCUAUAUCAUGAGUGUUUUAAUGGCAACUUCUUGUGCUUUCCAAAUCAAGUUCUUGAAUCAAGCAAUGCAUCUGUAUGAAGCAACAGCAGUUGUCCCCAUUAAUUUUGUGUUCUUCACCACCAGUGCCAUCAUUUCAGGGGUCAUAUUUUAUCGGGAAUUCCAAAGUGCAACUUUACUGAGUGUGUUCAUGUUUCUGUUUGGGUGUCUCCUAUCUUUCCUUGGUGUGAUUAUAAUUGCAAGAAAUAAAAAAGAAGGACAUUUACAAAUUCCUUUUAUUGAUUGUGGACAUAUUCCUGGACAAAAACUGACAGGCAAAAUACAACCAGAUUCUCACAGUUCAUGCUAUGGCACACUGAAUAAGGAAGAUGACUCAGUGAAAAGGCAAAGCUGAAAGAAGAAGCACUUUACAUGCCAAGUAACAGGAGGAACACCACUGGAACAAGGAUCAGUAGCACCUUUUUAUUGAACCCCUGUAUGUACAUGAGUCACAGUAUUAUUUAAUCCUAAUUAAUUUAUCCCAUGAUUGUACCAAUUGUGUUUUAAAGAUAAAGGAAGCCUUAACAAAAAACAAAUAACCAUUAAUGAAAUGGAAUAUUCUCCUAGUAUCAUUGCUUCUUGAGGACAUUUUUAGAGUUUUAAUUUCUUUUAAAUGCAAUGAGCACAGAACAGGAUUAUAAAAAUACCCCUUUGGAAUCCCUCAGAUCUGUAUAAAUGGUUAAAGACAAAGGUGAGAAAUUAGAAUUUUUAUAAGUGAUUUCAAAGUUUUCUGCUAUAUAUAUAAUCCUUUUAAACAUUUUCCUUCCUGUUCAGGAGUCAAAACUGUGAGCAUAUAUGCAGUAGACACAAAUAGAUACACAAAAACAUUUUUGUAUUGUUUGUAGAAGAGCAAUCCAGAUUAUCUCCUACCAUCAGAUUAAUUCUCUUAUCUUCCAAGGAAAUCAGUACUUGUGUGAGGAGUGGGAAGAUAGUACUUUCCAUAACCACAGGCACAUGGGCAUGUGCACAUAUUUGAGGUGCCCAGCCAAGGCAGGACUGGGUACUAUUCUUGAUAUUUUACAUCCUUCCAGAGGAGUCCUGUGCACUGGGCUGGACUGGGCUCUACAAUCUCUUAGCAUAGUCUGGUCUGAGUUUUAGCUUCUGUUUUCAGCAAAAUAAGGUUUUAGUGAAGAAAUUGCAUAGUUCUUCAGAGGAAGUGGAGUAGCAAAGGUCCCUCUCUUCAUAUGUCUGGGAAAAAUACCUCUGAAAAAGGAGGGCAGCUCCUGUUACCACUGAUAAUUCUGCAUGAGGAAAGGCUGUAAAAAGCAGGACCACAAAGAGUCACAGUAGCUGUACAGUUUCCCCUGCAUUAAAUGGCUGUGUCUCCACACUGACUUGAAGAGCCAGCAGUGAUGGGAACGAUGACAGUACAGCUUUGUGUUCAGAUUUGGGAUGUCGUGGCGUCUCUCCAUCCCAGUGCCCCAUCAGAAAAGCUUCUAGGCAUUCAUCAUCGAUGCACUUAUGCCUGUGUGGUAGUUCUGAUCCACCCCAGGCAGCACAGUGGGGGUUGGUCACAUCCUCUGCAAAAACAAAUGGAAGUGCUCUUGAAAAAUGGUCACGUCUUGCUUUAGGAUUGAAUUAAUCUGCAGUAAUGGGUAGGGGCCAUAGACUGUGUGCAUUUUGUUUCAGGUCUAAUUUUUUUUUUCUCAAAUAAUUGUUUAUUUAAUUUUAAGAUAGGUACAGCUGAAGAUCCAUAAGACAGUU